GGCCAUGGCGGGAGUGCUGAUGCGGGCCGGCCGUGCCUCGGCCCUGCGGGGAUCGCUGUCACCGCCGAGGGCAGCUCGGGCAUUCCUGGUUUGCAGGCUGAAGUCAUCAGUCAGCUUUCUCACUCGACCGGAUCGACCAAAUAUUGCUUAUCAGAAACUAAAAGGAAGAAAUCCAGGGGUUAUUUUCCUUCCAGGCUUCAAUUCAAAUAUGAACGGUCAGAAAGCAACUGCCCUUGAAGAUUUCUGCAAAUCGUUAGGUCAUGCCUUCAUCAGAUUUGACUAUACAGGAUGUGGAAGUUCAGAUGGUAAAUUUGAAGAGUGUACAAUUGGGAAGUGGAGAAAAGAUGUUCUGUCUAUACUGGAUGAACUUACAGAUGGACCACAGAUUCUCGUGGGCUCCAGCAUGGGUGGAUGGCUGAUGCUUCAUGCUGCAAUAGCACGUCCAGAUAAAGUAGCUGCUCUGGUUGGAGUUGCUGUAGCAGCAGAUCACGUUGUAACAACUUUUAAGAGGCUUCCUAUUGAGGCACAAAAAGAAAUAGAAGAAAAGGGUGAAUGGAAGUAUCAAACAAAGCAAAAUGAAGAAGGCUAUUACUCCUUGACCUAUGACUUUAUCAGAGAAGCAGAAAAUCACUGCGUGCUGAAUAGUCCUAUUCCUGUGACAUGUCCCAUACGCCUUAUUCACGGCAUGAAGGAUGGGGAUGUCCCUUGGGAGAUCUCUAUGCAAGUUGCUGACCGUGUUUUGAGCAAGGACGUGGAUGUUAUCCUCCGCAAAAUCGGCCAGCAUCGGAUGAGUGACAAGGAGGAUACAAAGCUCCUUGUGAAUACUGUUGAUGAUCUAAUUGACAAGCUGUCAACAGUAGCAUAAGCUGAAGAGUAGCAUUAGUGCAUGAACUCUACACCUGACUCUUUUCCUUGAAUAACAGAAGCCUUGUUCUUACCCAGAUGGUGGCAAGCUUAUGACUGUCACAGUAGGAACUGAGCUUUAUCUGCUGUUUCCUUACCUCUGUUUCAUAAAUACAGGAAUUGUAUUAUUGCUGCAUUUGCACACAGCCCAAAGUGUGAAGGGGUGCUGCUAUUGUGUUCAGAACCUCUCCUUCACCAUUUUACCCACUUUUUUUUCACAAAUUUCCUAUAAUUUUGUACUGACAUGUUGAUUACUUUUUGUUGCUAUUGGCCUGUACAGUAAAACUUUAUUUUCACAUCUUUGACACCUCUUACUGUCUUUCCACUGUAACAUCAUUGUAUCUUAUGUCUAAACCAUCUGUGCAAGGCAAACUACAACUUGAGUGUUUACUGAAGUUAGUUAUUAGACUAGUUAGUACCAUGAAACACAAUAAACAGAUUUCAGAUAAAUAGUUAUUUUGUUCUGAAAUGCUUUUAAAAAGUGGAAAGCACACCCUGAUGAUGUACUUGUGGUACUGCAUAGGGAAGAAUUUGACUUCGAAGAAAGCAGGGCCUCAAAGCAUUAAGAGCUCUUUAUCUGUGCUUGUCAGGAGGGUGUCUGUGAUCUUCUCCAGGCUGCCAUUUGUCGUUCAUUUGUGGGCCUACUGUUAAGGAAACAAUAAAUAAUCUUGAUGUGAACUGAAACUGGAUCAAUAAGAUGACUUUAAUAGUAACUUCUUCAAAGUAGGGAGUACAGUGCCACAGAGCACCGUUGCCUCUUUCCCACGACUUGAGAGAGGAUUGCUGGGCACAGUGUCUUCUUCAGCUGCAUGAGUCCAACCCUGAGAAGCUGUAAAUGGAACUUGAUAGUUGAAUAAGUCUUAAAAUGUAAAUCCAUGGGAUUUAUUAGGAAAUUGAUUUAAUUGCAAAUAUGACUGUUACCUGGGUUUUGUACAGAAAUACAGUACCAUCCGUACACUUGAGAGAGAGGCUGGAAAUAGUUCAGGCUGGCCUUAAUGUGUAACAUCAGUCAAAAGCAUAUAAUUCUUUCUGGGUUUAUUAUUUGAAGUAGUAAAUGGCAUCACUAUUAUUACCUUAAAAGACUAGAGCUGCUGGGGGUAAGGCAUUUCUAGAGAGUUUGUCAUUUCCAGUUUUAGCUAUGUCAGUAGAAGUGUGCUGAACAGGGCUUUGCUGAGGCAAUGGGUUUUAAUUUAAAAAAACCACCACAAACAGAUAACUAAAUUAAAAAGAAACCAAAAACACAGCAACAACAAAACCAAAAUUUUGGAUGAGUUCCUGUGAACUACAGUUCUGUUUAGGCUUGCAAAAACAAGCUGUGAUGGAAAAAAUCUGAAUUUGGUAUAAGUAAAAAAAGAUGGCUCUUGUUCAGAUACAAAUUUUCUACUUCAAAUGUACCAAUUCCCUAACUUAGUGAAUGAUUUGGUUUGGAAGGGACCUUAAACAUCAUCUGGUUCCAACCACCAUCCCAUGGGCAGGGAUAUAUUCCACUAGACCAGGUUGCUCAGAGCCCCAUCCAACCUGGCCUUGAACACUUCUAGGGACUGGGCAUCCACAACUCCUACGAGCAACUUGUUCCAGUGCCUCACAGUAAAGAAUUUUUCCCUAAUUAUCUGAUCUAAACCUAGUCUCUAAGUUUGAACCCAUUCUUCCCCUUGUUCUGUCACAACAUGCUCUUAUAAAUAGUCUCUAUCCAGCUCAGGAUGAUCUAGAUUGGGAUAAUUGCUUGAGGAAAUUAGAACAUUUCAUGAAAUCUUGUUCCCAAAUAUUUCUGGCAUAGACUGUUCCUCUGUUUGUAUCACUAUGCAAUUCACUUUAGCUUUGAAACCUCUGAAAUAUGUUUGUAACUUUUGAGAAAGUUAAUGCAAAUGGCAUUCCUGGAGUUGGAGCUGUGUUCAUGUUUAUAUACUGUUAAGCAGUUGUCAUCUUUGUAUGUGUUUGUAUGACUUGCAUCUGAUAAUACCCAAAAUACAGAUUUUGCGGGUUUUAAAGAUGCAGUCAAAUCAAAAUUAUUUUAAAACUUUUUGCCCUAAGCCAUGAUACGUUUUUAAAUCCAGUUUUUUCGCAUCUUGGAUUAGUUUGGCUCAUAAUGAAAGAAGAGGCUGAAACAAGUGGACUGCAAUAAUUCCAAAGUAAUUAAUUUUAAUUAAUGCCAAGAGUUACCAGUUGUAAUAGGUAUGCUUUUUCUUCACAUAUAUUAAAGUUAAUUCAGUGACUGAAAA